UUAGCCUUGUUUAGGUGGAUUUAACAUAGGCUAACGACUUUGAGGACUGAUUUCUCCCAUUAAUUUUGCUACCAGGAGCAAAAUUAUUGUGACACGUUGUACGUCAGGAUAUUGCCAACAUUUCAAGUGCCAAAUUUUCAAGAAUUCGCUACAACUAGUACUUCAAAUCGUCGUUACAGUGAAGGGUGUAAUGGUCCGAAACUGUGUUGUCCGUGGCUGUCACUCAAAACAUGCCAGUGAUGUUCGGCUAUUUUCAAUCCCACUUUCUUAUGACAAUAGAAACCCGGAUGAUUUUAAUAUUCUUAGUGAAAGAAGGUCGUUGUGGCUAAGUAGAUUACACAUUCAUGAGGGAGACCUCAAAAAGAAGUCAUUUGUGUGUCAUAAACAUUUUGUUUCGGGUAAACCAUCAUAUUACCGUGAUGUGGACAAUGUUGAUUGGGCACCAACACUUAACCUUGACAAAAACUACUCUACUCGAUAUCAAAGAAGGAAGAGAUACAACAUCAACAGAGAUAAAUUGUGUAAUGUAAUGGACCACAACAUUACUGACACUUCUGAAGUUGUUGCUGAAUCUGAUCACAGUCAACUCAUGGAAUCAAAUGAAAAUGAUGGCCCUCUAGAUUUGUCAGUUGGCUUGAAACAUAUAGCAGACAUCGAGCAAGAGUCAUUUGCACUUCCACUUAUCCUUCCAGAAUUAACACCAAAUUCAGAAAAUCCAACAACAGAAACUGAGUUAGUAGAAGUCAGUGCACUUAAAGAAAAAAUCAUCAAUCUUCAAUCACAGUUGGCUACAUUGAAUAAGGAUCAUGUAAAAGAUCUUCUGCAUCCUCAGAAGGCAUUUACAUUCCUAAUUAUACCAAGAAAUUUAAGUUUUAUAAGAAAAUUACACAUUUUUUAAAGUUA